GACCAAUGAAAGCGAAUUAAACAUUAAGCGUGGACAGUCAUGAUUGGUUCAAAACGUAUUUAAAAUUUUGAAAUCUGCUGCAUGAUAAAAGCUGUCGUCUGUUAUCUUAUCUUAUCAAUUACUGCUCUUUCUGGUUGCACUACCGUUUGUUCACGAAAAUUGUUGCCGUUAAUGUAGUCAACAGUGUCGUCAUACUUCUUUGUACACACGGUGAUUAACAAUUUUUCGCAAUUUCGUGCCUGUAAUUUUUUUUUCAGCGUGAUUGAUUCACUUUAAAAUAUUAGACGUACGUAAUUCAGAAUGAAUUGGCUGAAAAAAUUAGAUUUUUUUUUCAGAAAUGACUCAUUAUGUUCAAGGAAGUUUUCUGGUGCAAUGGUCCAUUGUGCAAAAAUAGAUAAAAUAUUGAUUGCCAACAGAGGAGAGAUAGCUUGUCGCAUUAUAAAAACAACUAAAAAGCUUGGCAUUAAAACUGUAGCGAUUUACAGCGAUGCAGAUAAAAACUCUCUGCAUGUUGAAUGUGCCGAUGAAGCUUAUUAUAUUGGCUCAGCACCUUCAGCUGAAAGUUAUUUAAAACAAGACGCAAUUAUAACUACAGCACAAAAAGCUCAAUGUCAAGCUAUUCACCCUGGGUAUGGUUUCCUGUCAGAAAAUACAGAGUUUGCGGAAUCGUGUCAAAAGCAAAAUAUAAUUUUUAUUGGUCCAUCUGCUAAGGCUAUCAGAGAAAUGGGAAUCAAAAGUACAUCCAAGAAUAUCAUGAUUAAGGCUGGAGUACCAGUUAUCAGAGGAUAUCAUGGCUAUGACCAAUCUGAUUCAACAUUAGUAAAAGAAGCUACAAAUCUUGGUUUCCCACUGUUGAUCAAAGCUGUUAGAGGUGGUGGAGGUAAGGGUAUGAGAAUUGCUUGGAGAGAGGAAGAAUUUUUCCAAGCUUUGGAGUCGGCCAGAACUGAAUCUUUAAAAGCAUUUGGAGAUUCGUCCAUUCUUCUAGAGCAGUAUAUUACUAGACCAAGACACAUUGAAGUACAAAUAUUUGCUGAUACCUAUGGAAAUGUAGUUCACCUAUUUGAAAGAGACUGUUCUAUUCAGCGGAGACAUCAAAAAGUCAUUGAAGAAGCUCCUGCGCCUGGAAUCACUCAAAAACUACGAGAAGAGCUUGGCGCAACUGCUGUUCGAGCAGCUAAAGCAGUUAACUACGUUGGUGCUGGAACAAUUGAGUUUAUAAUGGAUCAGCACACCCAUAGUUUUCAUUUCAUGGAAAUGAAUACCCGUUUACAAGUGGAACAUCCAAUUACAGAGAUGAUCACUGGAAUAGAUCUUGUAGAAUGGCAGCUGAAAAUUGCAUCAGGAGAAGAGCUGCCACUAAAACAAAAAGAUAUUAAACUCAAAGGUCAUUCUUUUGAAUCUCGCAUAUAUUCUGAGAAUCCUAAUGACAGAUUCUUACCAGGUGCUGGAAAACUUGAGUAUUUAACACUACCCUUGGAAUCUGAAAAUGUUCGUGUCGAAACAGGUGUCCGUCAAAAUGAUGAAGUAUCUGUUUAUUAUGAUCCACUGAUAGCAAAACUAGUUAUUUGGGGAAAAGAUCGGAAGGAGGCAUUGAAUAUCAUGAAAUGUAAACUUUCAGAAUGUAACAUUAUAGGAGUAGACACCAACGUGGAGUUUAUUAAAGAUAUUUUUAAACACCCAAGAUUCCAAAAUGCCGCAGUUCAUACAGGUUUCAUCGAAGAACACUGUACAUCAUUGUUUUCUGAGAUUCCAGUACCAGUUCAAAUCAUAGCAAAGGGCUCACUAGGCCUAAUACUUUGUGAAAAAUUAGAUUUAACUCGGUUUUCUACUAGGGCUGAUAGUCUACUUCAUCCAUUCACCAUAAAAACUGGGUUUCGGCUAAAUCAUACUCUUUGUAGACGAAUUCAUUUCUUUGUGGGUAGUAAAAAGUUUUUCGUUGAUGUUAAAUAUGUAAAAAAAGAUAGUUAUGCAAUGAGAAUAAAUAAUUCUGGACCAUGGAGAAAAGUAACUGGCUUAUUGAAAAAAAAAGAAUUUGUUUUGGAACUUAAAUCGGACAUUGAUGGGGUGAUAGAGAAAACUAGACUGGUUAAAAUAAAGAACGAUUUGCACAUGUUUACUCACGACAGAAAAUGGAGUUUACUUAUGCCACAUACAGAAUUCUGUGACUACGUAUCAAAUCAAACGUACAUAGAAUCUACAGCAACUAUUAGUCCAAUGUCAGGAAUAGUUGAUAAAAUACUUGUAAAAAAAGGAGAUAACGUUACAGCUGGUGAUCAACUACUUGUAGUUAUAGCUAUGAAAAUGGAGUAUUCAAUAGCAGCCACAUCUAAUGGAGUUGUAGAAGAUAUUCUUUGCAAUGUUGGAGAUUAUGUCCCAAAAAGUAAACUAUUGAUUAAAUUCCGAAAUAACGAAGACACGUAUCGUUAACGAAAUUUCAACGUGCUGAUAUCAGGUGAUAAAUUAUGAAAAAAGUGAAAAAUUAGAAAUAUUUUUGGGACACUAUUUUUAUAAAAAU